AUGGGUAUCAACAACCCUCUUCCGUCGUCACUUUCGUCGGAAUGUAAGAAGUGCGGUAAAAUCCUCGCCUCCUUCAUCGAGCCCAAACAAGCCUUUGGUCCCGACAAGGUGAUACCGCCAUCUGUGCUCGCGAAUGCCAAGGGUCUUGCUAUACUCACCGUCAUCAAAGCUGGUUUCCUCGGAUCUGCCCGUUUCGGUAGCGGUCUGGUAGUCGCCCGCCUCCCCGACGGCAGCUGGUCUGCACCCACCGCCAUUGCUACGGGCGGUGCCGGCUUCGGCGGUCAGAUCGGUUUCGAGCUUACAGAUUUCGUUUUCAUUCUCAACGACGCGAGCGCCGUAAAAACCUUCGCCCAGGCUGGGUCACUUACACUUGGUGGUAACGUUUCGGUCGCGGCCGGGCCUGUCGGUAGAAAUGCCGAGGCCGCCGGAGCCGCUUCGCUGAGAAGCGUAGCGGGCAUCUUCAGUUAUUCCAAGACCAAGGGCUUGUUUGCUGGCGUGUCUCUCGAAGGUUCUAUGAUAAUCGAGCGAAAAGACGCCAAUGCAAAGCUCUAUGGUCGUCAGGUUUCCGCCAAGGAGCUCCUCUCGGGAGCCGAGCGCCCCCCGCCGCAAGCCGCUCCUCUCCUCAGCAUACUCAACUCACGGAUUUUUGCUGGCAUGUCCUCUGGGUCUUUCGAUGACCGGAUGUAUAACGACCAGCCCGUCUACGACAACACCCAUGACCGCGUGGUAUGGGGCGACAGGACAGGGAAUGCCUACGGCGAGGGCCAAACUCGCGAUUCCGGUUAUGGGGCAUCGGGUGGAUCGGGAGGACAAGCACACGACGAGUUUGGCCGACCCAAGCGCGCUUCCACGUGGCAGGAUGAUGUGUACGACCAGCAGCCUCGUGGCUUCUCGAAUAACAGGGCAUCCGUACAGUACGGCCGGAAUGACACCAAUGGAGGUGGAUUCGGCGGCGGUUACGGCGCGGCAGCGGCCCAGCAGGCGGCCGCCGACAAGAAGCUUGGCCCGGGGCGGCCGGCUGCACCGAAGCCGAACUACGCGAGCAAACAAGCCUUGAUGAAGAAGAACGAGGCUGUCGCUCUUUACACGUUCAAUGCGGACCAACCUGGAGACUUGGGCUUCCAAAAGGGCGAGAUCAUCACUAUCCUCAAAAAAACCGACAGCGACAAUGACUGGUGGACUGGCAUGAUCGGCACAAGACAUGGCACAUUUCCCAGCAACUACGUAAAGAUGAUCGAGUAAAGAAAAAGUGGAUAUACCUAAGCAGCGAGGUUACGACAGGCGAUCUACGAUGACGACUCCUUCUGAGCUCCUGAAUGCACCCGCGUGCACAAGCAUAUGAAGAGGACCACAGCAUAAGCCACAUGAGCGUACUAGCCCUACUUGGGCAAACCAGGGUUGCUAUGUUCAUUGGGUUUUUACGACUUUUCUUGCGCUAUCUUCCCCCGUUCUUUUUAUCUCGGCGUUUUCUUUUCUAACGAUGACAUGCAUGGAAUUGGGUUUGCUUUCUUGUUUCUACGUUUCUACAUCUCUUUUGGGCGUCUUUGGACUUUUCAUCAUGACGGAGGAUCAGCAAUUUAGUCAGGUUCCAGGUUGAGGUAUAUUUGGAUUGAGUGAAAGGCGAGAAGGGCGAUGUUUGGUCUCAUCAGACUGCGCAGCGGCACGUGUUUGGAAAGCAAGCAGUAGGACGUUGGACCGAAUUGGACCCUGAUGCAGAAUAUUAGGAUCAUCAUACCUCCAAUGUGCUUGAACGAGGACGGAAGAGAAAUGAUAUACCGUGAAUUCUUGUUUGCUUCAUUCACCACCUGAACGUCUCCCAUCUCUCAAGGAUGCAAUCUCGGCGGUCAACAAAGAGCAUUACCUACAAUGUUGUUAACAGAAAUAGCAUCAGCACUUCAGCAAACAAGUCACUGAG